GAGGGAACAGAAAAGAACGGGCAAGCGCCGCGCAACGCGGUAGAUCUCCAACAGGCGGCAGUAAAAGCAGGAAUCUUCAUUCAUCUGAGGCUGAGAAUACGCGAAAGAGGGAAUCAUGGCUCCUCGCGGCCUCCGUAUUACGGAACAUGAGCGCAAAGAUGGCCGCCCCCUCAGGCUAAGGGCAUCAGAGGAUCAUGUGACUAGGCAACUUCCGAUCCCUCUCCGCAGGUUUUCCAGAGCCCUACUUCCUGCGCUCUCGUAGAGAAGGGCGUGCCAGGGCUUAGUGCGUCUCGAGGCCGCCGGAGGCCCGGCCUGGGGCGGCUCUGAUCUGGGAGUGCGAUCGCAGGGGCAUGGAGGGUCCCCAGGAGGGGAAGGCGCCUGCGGCGGCGCUGGCCGCCGUGCUGAAGCACAGCUCGGCUCUGCCGUCCGAGAGCGCCCAGGUCCGGGGCUACGACUUCAACCGCGGCGUGGACUACCGCGCGCUGCUGGAGGCCUUCGGCACCACUGGUUUCCAGGCCACCAACUUCGGGCGCGCGGUGCAGCAAGUCAACGCCAUGAUAGAGAAGAAACUGGAGCCGCUGUCGCAGGAUGAGGACCAGCAUGCAGACCUGACCCAGAGCCGCCGCCCACUCACUGGCUGCACCAUUUUCCUGGGCUACACUUCCAACCUCAUCAGUUCAGGCAUCCGUGAGACCAUCCGUUACCUCGUGCAGCACAACAUGGUGGACGUCUUAGUGACCACAGCUGGGGGCGUGGAGGAGGAUCUCAUCAAGUGCCUGGCACCCACGUACCUGGGGGAGUUCAGCCUCAGGGGGAAGGAGCUACGUGAGAACGGGAUCAACAGGAUCGGAAACCUGCUGGUGCCCAAUGACAAUUACUGCAAGUUUGAGGACUGGCUGAUGCCCAUUCUGGACCAGAUGGUGUUGGAGCAGAACACAGAGGGUGUGAAGUGGACGCCUUCCAAGAUGAUCGCCCGGCUUGGCAAGGAGAUCAACAACCCAGAGUCGGUGUAUUACUGGGCCCAAAAGAACCACAUCCCCGUGUUGAGCCCAGCGCUUACAGAUGGCUCGCUAGGCGACAUGAUCUUCUUCCAUUCCUACAAGAACCCAGGCCUGGUCCUGGACAUUGUUGAGGACCUGAAGCUCAUCAACACACAGGCCAUCUUCGCCAAGCGGUCCGGGAUGAUCAUCCUGGGUGGGGGCGUGGUCAAGCACCACAUCGCCAACGCCAACCUCAUGCGCAACGGGGCUGACUAUUCCGUUUACAUCAACACGGCCCAGGAGUUUGACGGCUCCGACUCGGGCGCCCGGCCGGACGAAGCCGUUUCCUGGGGCAAGAUCCGGGUGGACGCACAGCCUGUCAAGGUCUACGCUGAUGCAUCCCUGGUCUUCCCCCUGCUUGUGGCCGAAACCUUUGCCCAGAAGGUAGACGCCUUCACGCCUGAGAAGAACGAGGACUGAACGGCUGCCGCCCCAGGGAGGCCCCACUCUAUUUAUUAAUCUGCUGACCCAGCCCCUCUCCGCCUGCUUGGUCAGCGGCGUGUCUAAAAUAAACCGUCUCAG